ACCCUAGAAAGCAUCGACGGCCAAACACGUGCGCAAGGUAGUGGGCGAGGAGUGUGAUCGCAGCGGCAGAAGAUUGAUGCGAGUGAUGUCGCCUCUCAUUUAACGGCCAAACCGAAAAACGCUGCCUCGCUCAUUAUUAUUGGUAUUUGGUACGCUGCAUAAGAAGUAUCGACGAGGAGCCCCACUUCUCUGUUCCCAAUCCCAAACAAACCCUUUCUCCUCUCGCCGACGAUCUUCUCGAUGCUUCUCUAUCUCCUUCUCCUUCCUUCAUAAUCUCUCUCUCAUUCGAAGCAAGUAUCCGGCGAUCGGCCUCCAGAUCUCUGCUGCUUCCCCCACUCUUUGGGGGAGAUUUUGUUCGUGGCCGUGAAUUGGAAAUCUGUUUGGUGGAAUUAGUGCUGGAUUUGGGGAAUGGCGUCGAUUUCUCGUUCUCCGGUGGCUUUUACUGGGAAUUUGGCUUCUUGCGCUCCAGCUUCGGAUCUUCUGCGCAGCUCGAGCAGUGGCGUUACUGGCGUACCCUUGAGGGCCCUAGGGAGGGCGCGGUUUGGCACUACGAGAAGGGGUUUGGCGGUCUGUGCAAAGGUUAGGAAGGUGAAGAAGCACGAGUAUCCAUGGCCAGAUGAUGCGGAUCCUAACGUGAAGGGAGGAGUCCUUAGUCAUCUCUCCCAUUUCAAGCCUUUGAAGGAGAAGCCAAAACCGGUUACUUUGGACUUUGAGAAGCCUCUAAUGGAUCUGCAGAAGAAGAUAAUUGAUGUCCAAAGAAUGGCGAAUGAAACUGGUCUCGAUUUCAGCGACCAAAUUAUCUUACUUGAGAAUAAGUACCACCAGGCUCUGAAGGAUCUAUACACGCACUUGACUCCCAUACAGAGAGUAAAUAUAGCCAGGCAUCCUAAUAGACCUACUUUCCUUGAUCAUUUGUUUAAUAUUACUGAAAAGUUUGUGGAGCUUCAUGGAGAUAGGGCUGGUUAUGAUGAUCCUGCUAUUGUCACUGGUCUUGGAACUAUAAAUGGUAGAAGUUACAUGUUCAUGGGUCAUCAAAAGGGUAGAAAUACAAAGGAGAACAUUCAACGCAACUUUGGAAUGCCUACUCCUCAUGGUUACCGCAAGGCACUGCGCAUGAUGUAUUACGCAGAUCACCAUAGAAUCCCAAUUGUUACUUUCAUUGACACUCCUGGGGCAUUUGCAGACCUUAAAUCAGAGGAACUUGGUCAAGGUGAAGCCAUAGCGCACAACUUAAGGACUAUGUUUGGUCUGAAGGUACCAAUUAUUUCUAUAGUAAUUGGAGAAGGCGGGUCUGGUGGUGCUCUGGCCAUUGGUUGUGCUAACAAAUUAUUAAUGCUUGAGAAUGCAGUGUUCUAUGUUGCCAGCCCAGAAGCUUGUGCCGCAAUCUUGUGGAAAAGUGCCAAAGCGUCUCCAAAGGCUGCUGAGAAGCUCAAGAUAACUGCAGGAGAGUUGUGCAAGCUACAAAUUGCAGAUGGAGUUGUUAUGGAGCCACUUGGUGGUGCUCAUGCUGAUCCAUACUGGACCUCUCAACAAAUAAAAACGGCAAUUGUUGAUGAAAUGGAUGAGCUUGUAAAGAUGGACACACAAGAGUUACUGAACCAUCGCAUGUUAAAAUUCCGGAAACUUGGUGGCUUCCAAGAAGGAAUUCCAAUAGAUCCCAAAAGGAAAGUGAAUAUGAAAAAGAAAGAACCGCUUCUGAAGCCUGGAAUGACUCCAGAGGAAUUGGAGGGUGAGGUCCAAAAGCUAAGGGAUCAAAUUCUGAAAGCGCAGGAGUCGUCUGGUGAACUUCCUGAGUUAGGUCUAAACAAAAUGAUAGAGAAACUCAAGAGGGAAGUUGAUCAUGAAUUUUCUGAGUCAGUUAAAAUCAUGGGCAUGAAGGAAAAGAUCAUGAUGCUGCGUGAAGAAUUUGCAAAAGCGAGGAAUUCAAAAGACCAGUCCAUCAAUCUGUACCUGAAGGACAAGAUUGAGAAGCUUAAAGAGGAAUUUAGCCAAGGUUUGCCAGCAGCUCCUAAUUACGCAACCCUCAAAUAUAAGCUUGACAUGUUAAAGGAAAUAUCUAAAGCUAAGAAUCUGGCUGAGAAGAACGACAAAGAAAGCAUGUUGAAACAGGAAAUCAAUAAGAAGUUCAAGGAGGUAUUGGAGCAGCCUAAUAUGAAAGAAAAGAUUGAGGCACUGGAAAAGGAAAUUGAAGACUCUGGGGUAUCCACAUUUGCAGAUUUAGACCAGGAUAUGAAGGACAAAAUUUUGCAGCUGAAGGAAGAGAUUGAGAUAGAAUUCUCUGAUGUUCUUAAGUCUCUGGGUUUGCAUGUUGAGCUGCCUUCAUCCUCAAAUCCCAAGGUUAAGAUAGAGAAAGUUAAUGAAGAAAUUAACCAGGUAAUUGAAGAUGUAAUCAAUUCAACAGAUUUAAGGAACCAGAUUGAGCAGUUGAAGCUGGAGGUAUCAAAGGCAGGAAGGACUCCCAAUAUGGAGUCACAGGAAAAGAUUUUGGCUCUGGUAAAACAAAUAAAACAGAAUGUUGCAGAAGCUAUGGAUUCAUCCGUGUUAAAAGAAAAGUAUGAGAACCUCAAGGUGCAGAUUUCUGAAGCCAUGAAAUCUGUUGGAUCUAAUGGGAGUUUGGUUACAGGAAAUGUAGAAGGCGGCAAUUCCAAAUAUGAUGGCUCAAGAGUAGACGUUAACGUAGAAGCAAACCGCAGCUUGUCCUGAUUUUUUCUCUUCAGUCAUCCACCACAGGUGAAGAUGAUCUGGAAACAAAUUGGUAUCUUCAAACUGCAGCAAUGACUUGAAGUGGAAAACUCACUCCAAUCCAUAUCCAUGUCGCCACCAUUUCCAGCAUCUUCCUGUCCCAGAAUCUACAAGGUUUGGCAUUUGCAGGAACAUGAGAGACAGGCACGGCAUAUCUGCUUAUGUAUCUGAACUAGAAAUUUUCUGCAUUUUGAAUUGCUUCAUAUCCCAUUUGAUCAUCAGCUGUUGUUUGUUCCUUUGCUCUUGAUUAAUUGGGUAGGUUUCUCUUUUCUCAUUUAAACAUAGGCAGACUCUGUAAAAAUUAUGCAAGUGCAGUGUACACAUCCAAGUACCUCGAAGAAUAGUUAUGUAAACUGUGACUAUCUUCGACUCAUUUUCAUAUGUAUUUCAUAAAUUAUAUAACUUUGAACUUCUUGAUAAGGAAUUGGGAGUUGAGUUUGUACUGAAA